AUGGCUUCUCGUCAAUCCGUGGCCGAGCUCCAAGAUGCCACAGCCUACAUUAACGGCCGCGUGUUCACAGCAGACGAGAAGCAGCCAUGGGCCGAGGCAUUCAUCGUGUCGGCCUCGGGGCUCUUCACCCUCGUCGGCUCAAGCGAAACCGUCCUGGCGACCGCACGCGAAAGGCACAUCGUCGUGCACGAUCUGCGGUCGCAGUUCAUCAUGCCGGGGAUACACGACGCCCAUGUGCACCUCCUCAUGGCCGGCCUCUCUCGCUUCAGUAACGUGCACCUUGGUCUGGAUGAGGUCGUUCCCAUGGCUCAGGCGACAGCGAAGCUCCAAAGUGCUUCAUGCGGCUGUGAGUAUGCUCACGCCUUUGGCCGAUGGCUGAGCGCAGACGUCUUCCGCAUCGAGGGUUUUGACCGGUCCGCUCUGGACGAAGCAUACCCCGACACGCCAGUCAUGAUCCGGGCCGGUGCCGGCCACAGUCUGCUUCUCAACACGGCCGCUCUUCGUGAGUCGGGCUACGACGUAUCCAACGAGUCGGACAUGAAGGGCGCCUACAUCGGCCGCCGACCCGACGGCAGCCUCACGGGCGAGCUGGCCGAGCUUGCCACCACCAAAGCCCUCCUCUCGUGUCCCAAACCUCCGCUCGUGCAUGUGAGACGCGCGCUCAAGUACGCCGUGCAGCGCCUGCACAGAGCAGGGGUGACGUCGUGCCAGGAGGCGGCCACGAACACGCUCAUGCUCAACACGCUGCGCCAGAUGGACCACGACGGGCACCUGCAGAUGGACCUGUACACGCAUAUAGUGUACGCGCCAGAGUUUAUUGCCGAGGAAUCCCAGGGCGAGCUGACCCAGUUGCUCGACCGGGCCGACACCCUCAAGACGCGUCACGUGGACACUCGCUUCGUCAAGAUCAUCCUGGACGGCGUCCCCCUGAAUCCGUACUACACGCAAGCUGGGCUCGAUAAGGACGGCAAGGUAGAAGAGCACAAGCUGUUUCUGCAAGACUUGGAAGAGGCCAUCAUCAGGUAUGACCAGAGAGGAAUGACGUGCAAGAUUCAUUGCACGGGCGAGGGCGCGACACGGCUGGCACUAGACGCCAUCGAGGCCGCGAGAUCACGAAAUCCCAACGGACCAAGGCACGAGAUUGCGCACUGUUCUGGCGUGAAUAGCGCCGAAUACCCUCGAUUCCGUGCCCUGAAUACCACGGCGGAGAUGUCCCCGGCCGUCUUCUUCUGCCAGUCCUUUAGCGCGCAAGAAGGUGCACUGAUGGACUGGAACUUUCCCAUGAUGCUCAGCCACGGUGCCCAUGUAUCCAUCGGCUCGGACUGGGGCGUCCCCGAAUCUCCAGACCUGCUCCCGGGUCUAGAAGGCCUUGUCGCCGGCGUGGGAUCCGGCGACCGCGGCAAAGGGGCCAAGCUGCUGCUGCGGAUGCUGACCCUGGCUGGCGCCGAGGCGGUAGGGCGCGACAAGGAGACGGGCAGCAUCGAGGCCGGCAAGCGUGCCAACUUUAUCGAGGUCGACCGCGACCUGAGCGCCGGGGAGCAGGGGGCGUUUAGGGAUGCCCAGGUUCGGAGGACCUGGUUUGAGGGAGAGAUUGUUUUCUCAGCAGCCUGA